AUGCCUAUCGAAAUCCCUCAAGCAAACUCCCUUUUGGACCUCCUCAGCCUUAAGGGCAAGACAGUUGUCAUUACUGGCGCCUCCGGCCCAAGAGGUAUCGGUCUCGAAGCAGCCCGUGGCUGCGCCGAGGUCGGCGCCAAUGUCGCAAUCACCUACUUCUCCCGCGGCGAGGGUGCCGAGGCCAACGUCAAGGCCAUCAAAGAAGAAUACGGCGUUCAAGCCAAAGCCUACAAGUGCGACACUUCUAAGUGGGACGAAGUACAAGAUCUUGUCAAGAACAUCAUUGCGGACUUCGGCAAAAUCGAUUCAUUCAUUGCAAACGCCGGCCGCACCGCUGAUGCAGGUGUUCUCGACGGAUCAGUGGAGGACUGGCAGAACAUUAUUCAAGCGGAUCUCAACUCCGUCUUCUACUGCGCUAAGGCAGUGGGUCAGCAUUUCAAGGAGCGUGGCCGUGGAAGCUUCGUGAUUACCGCCUCGAUGUCUGGACACAUUGUCAAUUAUCCUCAAGAGCAGACUUCAUACAAUACUGCCAAAGCAGGAUGUAUCCACAUGGCUCGCUCCUUGGCAAAUGAGUGGAGGGAUUUCGCCCGUGUCAACAGUAUCUCGCCUGGAUACAUCGAGACUGGCCUUGGUGACUUUGUGCCUCAGGAUGUGCAGCAGCUUUGGAAGGAUAUGAUUCCUAUGGGUCGCCAAGCUGACCCUAAGGAGCUGAAGGCAGCCUAUGUUUAUCUCGCUAGCGAUGCUAGUUCAUACACUACUGGCUCGGAUAUUCGGAUCGAUGGUGGUUACAUUUGCCGUUAG